CUGGAUAAGGGCGUCUGCUAAACGCCUGUAAUGUAAUGUAAGCUUUAUACGCACGCACGCACACACACCCACACACACUUUACAACUAGCACUGCUAAUAUGGCGGCUAUGGAAAUAAGAUGGUGUUCCAUGCUGAGAUGUUGUAAACCCUGUGAAUUUAUGGUGUGCCUGUUCUGUUACUCUGUGUGAUAAAAGUAACACUUUGCAUCGCUGGCCAACCUCUUUAUCUUUAAAACAUCAUAAUCUGUGUACAUUUUCAGCUAGUUGCCUUGUCUAUCACCAGUUAUUAAUUUAAUUUAUGAGUGUAAAGUACCCAGUAAGUAUCGCAGUCUCAGAUGUCUUUACUAGCCAACCACUUCAGUUGCUUGAAUCUAGCUAACAAGCAGCUAUAAUAAGACUCCUGAAUCGCUCCAAAAAAAUGCAGCUUUCUGCUUGCUCGUUCCUGAUAUAGCCUAAAUAAAAACAUUACGAUAUAAGAAAUAAAAAACAAGGGACCCUGCCAAGAACUCUAAAUGCUCACCAAGGGCCACCUAAGAAAGGAGCAAUUAGCAUACAUUUCCCAGCAUGCACAUCUGUGUCCCCCAUUGUGGUACAGAUACAAAAACCUUGCAAGAGGAAUCACCCAGUGACUGAUAUUCAAGAUGACAUCACAGUCUUCAGCAUAGGGGUGUUAAUGGGCUAAGAGGGUCCCACACCUGUCACUGCGUUACCUUUGUAAGUCUCAAGGUAGGAGCUAGUCUGUGGGGAUAAGUGUCCUUAGACCCUUACAGUGAAGUCCUUAAAAUGGGCGAAGGUCCACUAUAAUAGUGCAAGAGAGGCUGAAGCUGCCUGAAGUGUAUUUAGAAGUGCUUGGUUGUGUUUAUUUGUAGAAGUAAAGACGAGUAGGAGCACAGUGCACUGUUGAGCCGCCUAGCUCUGUGCUAAUUUGCAUGUUCCUGAACUCUGCAAAUGUAUGAUCGUAUUUAUGAUAUUAUUGCUUUUGGAAGCUGCAGAAAGUGAACCGUGCCCUACUUUGCAUGAUUCUCUUUCAUCACUUCGUACUGUAUUUGUUAAAGUGGCAAAAUCGCUGAAUGUUCACACGCACGCUCUACAGUGGAUUUUACCGGCGUCCUGAAUAUCUGCAGACUUGUACUGCUGAGUGUGAAAAUAGGAGCUGUGCCUUUAAAUAAGUUUUUCUAGGAUGUACGGAUCGCCCCGGUUUAUGCUGGGGGAGGGAAAUGGCUGAUCGUAAAGGUGGUUUUCAUUGGUCAGGGUGUCUGUCUUCAGGUCUGUGACAUCACACGGAGGAGAGGCUUCACUGGGAUAAAAUAACAUCUCCUUUUAUGGAACGUGCUGGCCUGUUCCAUUUUGCUAGAGAGGUUUACGAGACGUGCACUCUGAAGAAGAAAAAAACUGCUCCCAUUUGAAAGUUUCGUUGUACUCUUAAGAAUUUAAAAUGGGCAGUUUCCUCGCGUGUAAAACAGAAAUGUUGAACCCAACGCUAGAAAUGCGCAUCUAUUCUAUUUAAAGCAUUGCAGUUUAGCUCCUGUGAAACUAGGUGGUUUGCACCUUACUGCAGAAAAGAACAUGCUCAAGUCUCAAGUUUAGAAAUCUCAAGGGCAUAUCUCAGUCUCCCCUCUGUAAGGCGUUUCAUAUAAUGCAUAUUUUUGAACGAAUCUGGCUAAACAGCUCCUCACUCCUCAUUUACGUGCCACCUCUGUUUGGCCUGUUGUCCCUUGUCAUAACACCCCCCUGAUGUUCGUGUAAAAUGGUCUUUCCCGUGAACGUGCUGUACCCACCCCUCCCUAAGUCAGAGUUAUCCUUACGAUAAAAAAAAAUAAUGUUGGUUCUCGAUUAGACUGGAUCUGAAGUAGAUAAAGAAAUUGCCUGGAGAACGGCAUUCACCGGUGAAAGGAAAAAAACAAAAACAAAGCAAACCCGGGACAGGAGAUUAUGAAAAUACGACUUCAGGAUAAAUUGGAGUUGAACUGAAUAUCUCGCCAAUGUUUCACUGGUUUCAACCAUGGCCUCUCAGACAGGCAACAUGAACCGUGAGGACCGGAAUGUGCUCCGUAUGAAAGAAAGAGAAAGGCGAAAUCAAGAGGUCCACCCGGGAGGAGCGGCCUUUCCAGCCAACUCCCCCCUCUUUCCCGAACCUUAUAAAGUUUCCAGUAAGGAAGACAAGCUUUCUAGCCGUAUUCAGAGCAUGCUGGGUAACUACGACGAGAUGGAGAAAGAGCUGAUCAGCGAAACCACUCUACCCAAACUCGGCGUCGUGUCCAAGGCCCCUGGCUCCUCGUCCUCGGAGGACAAGUCGGGACAGUCCCUGUUCGGGGACCAGCAGCGAGGCAGCGGCGGCGGCGGCGGCGGCGGCAGCGGCCAGAGCAGUAAAUGGACUCCCGUCGGCCCGGCCGCCGGCAGCUCCUCCCAGUCUCAGAAGCGUUCGUCGGGCCUGCAGGGCGGCCACGGCGGCAGCCAGCGGUCCGGCGGCGGCAGCGGCAGUGGCAGCGGCGGCCAGCGGCACGAGCGGGACUACGGCGGCAGCAGUAAGAAGUCGAGCAAGCAUGGCUCCGACCACUCCAAGUCGUCCUCGCACUCCUCCAGCCCCGCCAAGGGCUCGCUGAGCGCGGGGCACUCGCGGGCACACGCGGCAGCGGCGGCGGCCGCCGGCGAACACCACGGCAAGGAGCGCUACCGCAAGUCGCCGCACGAGCGGGAGGCCAGCUGGGACUCGCCGUCGCGCGUGCACACCUCGUCCUUCCCCGGCGGCGGGGGCGGCGGCGGCGGGGGCGGGGGGCAGCACUCCGGCCAGGCCUUCCCGCCCUCGCUCAUGUCCAAGCCCAGCUCCAUGCUGCAGAAGCCCACCGCCUACGUGCGCCCCAUGGACGGCCAGGAGACCGUCGAGCCCCGCACCUCGUCCGACGGCUACGGCGGCCAGUCCCACGGCGGCCCCGGCGGCGCCGGCGGCGUCGGGGAGAUGAAGUCCAGCAGCAAGGCCUCCCUCGCCAAGCUCAAAAUCCCCUCGCAACCCCUAGAGGCGUCCAUGUCCGGCGAAGCCAACUGCGUGGAUGAAAUCUUAAAGGAAAUGACCCAGUCAUGGCCGCCUCCGCUGACUGCCAUCCACACUCCCUGCAAGACGGAACCGUCAAAGUUUCCCUUCCCUUCCAAGGACACCCAGCACCCGAGCUACCCGACUGGGGGACACAAGAGGUACGUUUCAUCGAAGACGUCCUCAAACAGCCACCAGCCCAAACCGUGCGAGGCCGAGCAAGCCAACAUGUUGGAAAAUGACCUGAAAAUCAGUAGCAGCGAGGACAGCGACGGGGAACCCGAUUCUGUGAAAAACCCCUCGAGAAACCCCUCAGCCAGCAACAACAGCAACAACAGCGAGGGGGCGGAGCACUCGCGGGAGGACUCGAGCAGCCACAGCGGCUCGGAGAGCAGCUCGGGCUCGGACAGCGAGAGCGAGAGCAGCUCCAGCGACAGUGAGGCCAACGAGCCGCCGCGCGCCGCGUCCCCUGAGCCCGAGCCGCCGACGGCCAACAAAUGGCAGCUGGACAACUGGCUCCACAUCGUCAACAAGUUCUCCCCGGCCUCCCCGGUGGACAGCAGCAGCGCUCCCGCCAAGUACAAGAAGGACGGCUCGGGGAAGGGCUACGGCGGCCAGGGGGGGUCCAAAGAGUCGGGCUCGUCCGGGCCGGGGAGGGACCUGCGGGCCACCCAGAAGGGCUCGGAGAGCGGGCGGGGCCGGCAGAAGUCCCCCGCCCAGAGCGAGGGGGGGGCCGCCCCGCGCAGGACGGUGGGCAAGAAGCAGCCCAAAAAGCCCGAGAAGCCCCCCGUGGUGGAGGAGCCCAAGGGGGGGCUGAAGGUGGAGAGCGAGCCCCCCCCGGAAAUCCCCCCGCACCAGCCCAAGGCCGCCACCAAGGGCUCCCGGAAGCCCAGCAUCAAGAAGGAGCCCAAGUCGUCGCCCCGGCCCGCCGCGGACAAGCGCAAGGCCCCCAAGACGCCCAGCAAGAACCCGCAGAAGUCGCGCGAGUUCGUGGAGACGGACUCCUCGUCCUCGGGCUCGGAGGGCGACGGCUCGCAGACGCCCAGGUACGCGGAGAGCAUCCGCACGCCCGUCUGCAUCUUCUCGCCCAUGGAGGAGAAGGGGCUGAUCUCGCCGCUCAGCGAGCCCGAGGAGCGCUUCCCCGCCCGCCAGCAGGUGCUGGUGGUGAAGAUCGACCUGCGGCUGCUGUCGCGCGUGCCGGGGCGCUCCUUCCGGGACCUGGACCCGCAGCCCAAACCCGACCGGGACGGGCCCCUGGAGCGCGACGGGAAGGACUUCGGGGAGAAGCCGUCCGGCGAGAAGCUGUCCAAGGGCAAGAGGAAGCCCAAGAACGAAGACGAUGGUGUGAAGAGCGAGAGCAAGAAGCCGCGGCUGGAGGAGAAGAGCGCAUCGCACCACAAGUCCAGCAGCAAAGAGUCGUCGAAGCGCGGCUCGGAGAAGGAGAAGGAGCUGGCCCCCUCGCCGUCCAUGGCGGGCCUGCAGAAGGCGCCGAAGGCGGAGCACGAGCGGCGGAAGCGCACCGCCAGCCAAUCGUCGACCUCCAUCUCCUCAGGCAGCGCCGGCAGCAGCAAGGACGGCGCCAAGAGCGGCGGGAGCUCCUCCUCCAAGCACCGCAAGCAGGAGGACAAGCAGGGCCGGAGCGCCAAAGACGGCAAGGAGAAGAGCUCGAAGAGCGCGGAUAACCACCCCCCAGCUCCGCUGCUGUCCUCGGAGUGCCUGAAGCUGCAGCGAUCGAAGCUGGCGUUUGAAGACAGGGUCCACUCGGCUGACUACUACCUACAGGAGGCCAAGAAGCUGAAGCACAACGCAGACGCGCUGAUGGACAGGUUCGAGAAGGCGGUGUACUACCUGGACGCGGUGGUGUCCUUCAUCGAGUGCGGGAACGCCCUGGAGAGGAGCGCCCAGGAGGCCAAGUCCCCGUUCCCCAUGUACGCCGAGACCGUGGAGCUCAUCAAGUACACUAUGAAGCUAAAGAGCUACAUGGCUCCUGACGCUACGUCGGCCGAUAAAAGGCUGGCAGUGCUGUGUUUGCGGUGUCAGUCUCUGCUCUACCUGCGGCUCUUCAAACUGCGGAAGGAGAGCGCGCUCAAAUAUUCCAAAACCCUCACAGAACACUUGAAGAAUUCCUUAAGUAAUACGCAAGCCCCUUCUCCAGGAAUGGGGAGUAAAACGGCGGGCAUGCCCUCCCCCGUCUCUCCCAAGCUGUCGCCCGGCAACGCAGGGAGCUACUCCUCCGGCACCUCCAACCCCAGCAGCGCCUCCUCCGUCACCAUCCCCCAGCGCAUACACCAGAUGGCGGCCAGCUACGUCCAGGUCACCUCCAACUUCCUGUACGCCACGGAGGUGUGGGACCAAGCCGAGCAGCUGGCCAGAGAGCAGAAAGACUUCUUCACGGAACUGGACAAGGUGAUGACUCCUCUCAUCUUCAACACCAGCAGCAUGACGGAACUGGUGCGCUACACGCGGCAGGGGCUCCACUGGCUGCGGCUGGACGCUAAGCUCAUUCCCUGAGAGCCCGCUAGCCUCCGCUCUCCAGAGUCCAGAGUCCAGAGUCCGCCACCCCCCCCCCCCCCCGCCCCGCGGAAGCUCGUCCGCCGCCGGCGUAUCCAUAACACUGUGUCCGUUUCACCGUCAGCUUGCCAAAAAACACUGAACAAAUGAAGAGGAACCUAACUACUAAAAAAAACAACAGCCCUAUGAUGUUCGCGAGGUUUUUGGGAGGGUGGGGUGGGAUCGGAUCGGGGUCACGGGGGGCAAGUCAGUAAUUACAGCAUUCUGCACUCCCCUCGGUCGGGUACUUUUGGGUUACGUUAAAAAAAAAGCCAUCUUUCUACCAGGUGUGAUACCAAUGCUUUAUUGUUUUUUUUUGUUUUUUUUCCCUUGUAGAAACACACUACGAAAGCGUCUUUGUUUUUGUAGGGUGUGAUGAAAUCCGUAUUUCUCUCUUAUUUUAUAUAUUUUUUUUUUUGGCUUAUUUUAACCAAAGUACCUCUUUUUAACCAAAGGUGCUUUAAAGCUGAGAUCUGUCCUUUCUGUUUUUUAUAUAUCUAUUUUUUGUGCCUUGUAUUUGACAUACAGGAAGUGAACUAUCUGUUGAAGUACGAGGGCACCGGUGUCUCGCGUGCUCCUGCAAAAAAAAAGAAACGCGUUCGCCGUGGGCCCAGCAGGGGGAGCCAGAGCUCAACGAUGUGACCGUUUGGGUUUGGGAAGGGAUUGGGUAGCACCGCCUCGAAAGUACAGCGGACAGUUUGCUGGAAUUUUGGGGUUUUAGCUGCAACGGAUGGCUCUGGAAGCAGGUCUGCCUGAUUCAUGGAAUCCGCCCCCCCCUCCCCCCCCCCGGGACAGAUCUCAUCACAGAAACUGCCCAAACUUUUGUACCUCACUGGGACACUAAAAAAAAAAAACCUGGAGCCACGAACACCAAACUACUGUAUUUCUGCCUGUGAGCGAGUCUCCAUAUCGCCCCCUAGCAUCCGGAGGCCUCUACUGCGCUUUUCGUAUCCUCUCAAAUUGUACCGCGACUCUCGGUCGACGUUUCUCCGCUCGUCCUGGAGUUGACCUCGCAAACGUGUCUUCAUCAGUAGUUUUCCGGCAUUAUGUUUUCUCUCUUUCUCUCUCUCUCCCCCCCUUCUUUUCUCUUUCCCCCUCUUUCUUUCUCUCUGCUGUGGAAGUGUACACUAGAUGGAUAUUCCAUUGUGUAUUUCUCAUUUGGCAUUACAGGGUGUGGAAGGCUAACGUAAACCUUGUCCUCAAAAAAAAUAGUAUUUAAUAGUGUAGUCAGGCAGAGUUGCCCUCAGAAAAAAAUCCUUUCAUCAAGGGUAUAUAUGCACUCGCAUUUUAAGUCUAAGAUUUUAAUAUUUAAUGUAACAUACACGUGAUAAAUCACAUAUAUUUUAUAUCAUAUUUGGAAGCAACAGUAAUUUUAAUCCAUUUACAGAAUGCAUAACCCAAAAUAGAUUUUAUUUAUAUACUAGAGGACGGGGUUGUCAAAAUCAGUUUUGGAACUUCACGCGUUGAAGGCUUAAUAACAGGGUUGAAAUAAAUACUAUGAAAUGCAAAGUAUUUCUAUUGUAUAUGAAAAUGUCAUAUUUAAAUUUUAGAGAUGGGAUUAAGGGGUUUCCAAAGUAGCUUAGUAAAAAGUGAUUUUGUGUAUUCAAAAUUAUUUCGUUUGGGAUAAUGUGCUGUCAGAACAUCCAGUGACAUUCAGUUACAGGCAUUUAUGGAUUAUAUUUAUACUGCAGAUUUUAGAUUUAGCAGUUUGUGUUACUGGAGUAGAUAACUGCUUUGAAAUUAACCCUCUGUCGUAUCCUUUUUAUAGCUUCUCUCAGAUAGUUUAAUGUUUCAUUCAUGCACAAACGUGGACAGUAGAGAUGGGUAUUUCGUGAGAAUGGAGAACUGCUGUGUGCGUUAUGUUGGAAACGAACAGCGUUCGUGUUCUAGAGCUUAUUUCAUUGGCUCCCUGGUUGUCUUUUGGGGAUACUGUUAUUUCUUCUGACACUCAAGUGUUGAAGGACAAAAAAAAAAAAAAAACAAUCUAUGCAGCUUUAUUUAAACCAAACCUAUAAAAAAUGCUUCUAGUUCUGAAAUCAUUUGUAAACCUGGCUUCUUUUUUUAUAUUUGAAUACUGGGAGGUCAAAAAUGGCGUUUCCAUGAGAGAUUUUUUUGGCUUGAGCUGUUAAUGGAGGCUUGUUAACAUUUUUCGUAAAACACUUAAUGCAAUGUUAUGCUUCGUACGCGCAAGCAGCCCCUGAAUUUGGGGGUGCAGUUCCCCAAUGGCUAUCAGAAGAGGCAGGUGAGCCAGUAUAUGCUGUUUGGGAGUGCCUUUUGAAAAAAAGGAAUCUUGGUUAGAUAUGCCUACAUUUCUAGAGAUGCCCGCAUUUCUCAUGAAAGAAAACAGAGAAUCUGGUUCCAUUCGAAAUGAAAAGGAACAACGAUGAGAUUUAAAGUUUUUUUUAAUUUUUUUAAAGUGAAUUUUAAAAUUUAAAGUGCUCGUGAACCUGUUUGGAUUGCCAGGUUUAAUUAAAUUGCAUCAAGCCUUUAUAAGGAAAUUCUUCAUGGAAUCCCCACUUUUGACGUGUUGUAAGUUGCUUUUAUGUUGUUCAUCCUCUCAAAUUUUAAUUUAUUUAUACACUGGUGUAAUUUAAGUGCAAAUGUGAAUGUCUUGAUGAGUAUCAAGAUGGACACAAGGACAUGGGAAAAUAUACAUUACUGUUGGGAUUUAUACAUUUUUUAUUUAUUUUACAGUCUCCUCUUUGAAAUAGAGCUUUUUGAUAUAUAUUGCCAUUUUGUUGGCUUUCAUUUCAGGGCUAUGAGCUUGUUUAUUGUCAGAUAUAAACGUUAUCAUAGUGCACAAAUCCAGGGUAAGAAUAACAUUUUAACAUCCCACGGAAAGACAUAACACUUGCAUGUUUUUUAUUUAAGUGCAACCAUGUAAAAAAUGUAAAUAAAUAUAUUUCUUUUAGGACCAAUUUUUAAAUGCAGUUCAACAUUUAUAUUAUGAAUAUCUUGUAAAUAACAGUUGAAUAUAUUAUAUACACACAAUUUCCUUUUUUUAAAGUUUUAUUUUAAGUCCCUCCCACCGAAGAUGUUGGAUUUAAACCUAUGUAUAAGAAAUGUUUGGGUAGGAUCACUUUGUUUUUACUGUAUUUUUAUUUGCAUUUCUUGCUUCAGUGUUGUCAUCAUAAUCAUCACUGACGUGCUUUGAUGAAGUAUAGAUGUUCUAUUUUAUAUAUGGUAUGGAGAGGAUUCUCUGGAAAUGGGUAUUGUUGAUCAAAUCAAGUGAAGCUGGAAAAUAAUUGUGUAUAUGGUUAUCCAUAAAUCCGAUUCAUACAACUUUAGUCCAUAACUCCAUGUUGAAAAAUGUCCAUGCUGUUUAAUGGGAACCCAAGGAUGCUUUAUGAAGAAAAUGAAAUUUGACGUCUAUCAUUUAAUUCGUAGCUGAUCAGGGAUUGAAAUAGUGUUUUCAUUGAGGGGGGGUGGGGGGGGGGGUCAAGUAUUUUAAAAAUUGACCUUUGGGGGUUGUGGGUUUCGCAUACCAAACGCAACCAAGUCUGGGGGUCGAACAAGCCUGAUUUAGAAAAGCAUGUCCAACUGAACACUUACCCUGGGGUUUUUCUCGCAGUUCCAGCCUAGAUGCCUUUUCAAUCAAACAUUAAAAAACACUUUGAACGGGGCAAUGUUAUAUAUAUCCAACAGUUGUAGACGUUUGUAGGCUGUUCUCUUCCUACGAUAGUCUUAAGAGACCUCGGGGCUUCCAGUUGGAGAGUCGGAACUGGAUUAUUUUUUAACAUAAAAGUAUAAUUAUGGAGGAUUAACAAUGGUACUCGUUCAUCUUUCAAGUCAUUUUAUUUUCUUGGAAUAACAUGUAAAUGAAAUCCAUUCUUGUGAAGUGAGUAUUAACUUGUAAUUAUAAGGGGGUUUCUCAGUCUGUCCUGUAUAUUCUUUGUAUUUUGUUGUAUUGAGAAUAAAACAAACCGUUACGUUUCGA